AUGGCCUCAACUAAAGCUUUUACAUUAUCCCUGCCGGUAGAAUCUCGCAACAUUAAAUCGAGCAUCAACUAUUACAAAGACCCCAGGGACGGCAGUGAGCAUGCUCCAAGCAUUGCAGGCAAGAGAAGUACAUUCAACCAACCUUCUGUGGAUCUGGAGACAAUCAUCACCGACAUCUCGGGAAAUGAGGACAAAUAUACACUAGACAGUCACGGCUUCCAACUCUGUCAUCAUGUCAGCAAGGAAAAGGAAUUCACCGAUGAUCAACGCAUCAAAGAACUGUACUAUCCUGAAGUGGAAAGGUUGCUAUACGAGGUGACUGGAGCAAGUCGUCUGUUUGUUUUCGAUCAUACGAUUCGCCGACCGAAUCCAACUGCAGCUCAUUCUGACGAGGAAAGGAGACCAGUCAAAAGAGCUCAUAUUGAUCAGUCUGAAUGGGCUGCAAUGAAUCAAGUAACUCGCCACCUGGGGUCUGAUGCACAGCAGCUUUUACAGUCUCGUUUUCAGGUUAUAAAUGUUUGGCGACCCAUCAAGACGAUCUACAAAGAUCCUCUUGCCGUCUGCGACUCUCACUCAGUUCCAGAUGAGGACAUUCUGCCUAUUAAGUUAAUCUAUCCUGAUUGGGUAGGGGAACCAUGUACUAUUCUCCCCAACAAAAACCAUCGAUGGUAUUUUAAAAAUCAACAGACGCCAGAAGAAGUCAUGUUAAUCAAAUGUUACGAUUGGAAGAUGGACGGUCGCGCUCGAAGAGUUCCGCAUGCUGCGUUUACUGAUCCGGACAUGGUGGAUCGAGAGCCGAGGCAAAGUAUUGAAGUGAGAGUACUUGUCUUCCAUGAAGAUGAUGCUACCAGGACUUGA